CCCCUGCCCGGCGUGAUGCCUGAGGGGGUCUCUAACUGCCUCUGGCAUCCUCACCGUAGGGUUCCGCUUCGUGUCCGCGUGCUGGCCUCGCUGACUGUCAUGCUGUCCAUCUUUGUGAUGAUGACGGUGCUGGUGAAGGUGGAUACCUCCUCCUGGACCCGCAGCUUCUUUGCCCUCACCAUCAUCUGCAUGGCCAUCCUCAGCGGCACCUCCACCAUCUUCAGUAGCAGCGUCUUUGGCAUGACUGGCUCCUUCCCCAUGAGGAAUUCCCAGGCGCUGAUAUCAGGAGGAGCCAUGGGGGGCACCAUCAGUGCCGUGGCCUCACUGGUGGACCUGGCGGCGUCCAGCGACGUGACGGACAGCGCCCUGGCCUUCUUCCUGACGGCGGACGUCUUCCUGGCGCUCUGCAUCGGGCUCUACCUGCUGCUGCCACGGUUGGACUACGCCAGGUACUACAUGAAGCCUGUUUGGCCAGCCGUGUUUUCUGGUGAAGAACAGCCACCCCAGGACUCCCCCAACCCCUCUUCAGGGGCCCCCAGAUCCAGUGACUCCUCGACACCACCCCUCCGCCCCAUCCUGAAGAAGACGGCCGGCCUGGGCUUCUGCAUCAUCUACCUCUUCUUUAUCACCAGCAUCAUCUUCCCCGCCAUCUCCACCAAUAUCGAGUCCCUCGGCAAGGGCUCCGGCUCACCAUGGACCACCAAGUUCUUCGUCCCCCUCACCACCUUCCUCCUGUACAACUUUGCCGACCUGUGCGGCCGGCAGAUCACCGCCUGGAUCCAGGUGCCGGGGCCCAGAAGCAAGGUGCUCCCGGGGCUCGUGCUCCUCCGGACCUGCCUUGUCCCCCUCUUCAUGCUCUGCAACUACCAGCCCCGCGUCCACCUGCAGGUGGUGGUCUUCCAGUCCGACGUGUACCCGGUGCUCUUCACCUCCCUGCUGGGGCUCAGCAACGGCUACCUCAGCACCCUGGCUCUCAUUUACGGGCCCAAGAUCGUGCCCAGGGAGCUGGCCGAGGCCACAGGGGUGGUGAUGACCUUUUACCUGUGCUUGGGUCUGAUGCUCGGCUCAGCCUGCUCUGCCCUAAUUGUGCAUCUCAUCUAGGAGGGGCGAUGGCUGGACCUUGGUGCCACGCGAUGCCCGGGAGCCUCGGCGAGAAGGGGAGGAAAUGCCGGGAG